UAAAAUAAAGCUGGCAAAUGAAGGUUUUAACAGAAAACACUAAUAUAUAUAUUAAUCUCAUUUCUCAUGCAUUGUGUUGCCAAUUCAGCAUCAGUGCACCCAGCUACCGGUCCUGCCAAUAGCUCUUUCCUAUAAUUCAAUUGGAGUUGUACCUGCCUGCAAUAUCGCAAUUUCAAGAAGAGAUUGGGGAGAUGGGGCUAUUGGAUCUCUUCAUCGCUGCAUCAAUGCCUGUGCUCAAAGUGCUUUUGGUUACGGGACUUGGAUUACUACUUGCUCUCGAUCGCAUUGACUUGUUGGGAGAGGAUGCAAGAAAGCAUUUGAAUAAUAUUGUAUUUUUUGUAUUCAAUCCAGCCCUUGUCUCCAGCAACUUAGCCAAAACAAUCACAUAUGAAAGCCUGAAAAAAGUGUGGUUCAUGCCUUUCAAUAUCCUCUUCACUUUUAUUAUUGGUUCAAUUCUUGGUUGGGCAGUCAUUCAAAUUACAAGGCCUCCCAAAGAUCUACGUGGACUGGUUGUUGGCUGUUGUGCUGCAGGAAACUUGGGCAACAUGCUUCUCAUUAUCAUUCCAGCCGUUUGUAAAGAGAAAGGGAGCCCUUUUGGGGAUCCUGAUGUUUGUCACACGUAUGGAAUGGGCUAUGCUUCACUUUCGAUGGCAGUAGGGGCGAUUUAUCUAUGGUCUUAUGUUUAUAAUAUCGUGAGAAUAUCUUCAAGCAAGGGCUCAAAGGAAGUUGAUAUUAAUGAUUCCUCCGCCAGUAGAUCUUCGAGAGAUGGCUCUAUAUCACAACUUGGGACAUCAUCAGAAUCACUACUUCCAUCGAAGGCCUUCCAUGGAUCCGAGUCGCCAGAACAACUUGGGCUUCCUUCCACUAGAUUUGAUCACAAAAAUCAGGAACACCCUUGGACUAAACUAAAGCAGUACAUGGAAACUCUUUCAAGGAAGAUCAACCUGAAGAGGUUAUUGGCCCCUUCUACCACUGGAGCGAUUGCAGGUUUUAUAGUUGGACUUAUACCUCAGAUAAGGAAGUUGAUGAUUGGUGAGGUAGCUCCUCUACGUGUGAUCGAAAAUUCAGCUAUUUUACUUGGGGAUGGAGCCAUCCCACUUCUAACACUGAUCAUGGGAGGUAACCUUUUGAAGGGUUUGACGGGCUCAGGGAUUCAGAAAUCGCUACUUGUUGGCAUUAUUGUUGUCAGAUAUAUUGCCCUACCCCUGAUUGGUAUUGUUGUAGUCAAAGGAGCUAUCCACUUGGGUUUGGUGCAACAUGAUCCGUUAUAUCAAUUUGUGCUUUUACUUCAAUUUGCACUUCCACCAGCAAUGAACAUUGGUACCAUAACACAGUUAUUUGGAGCUGGUGAGAGUGAGUGUUCAGUGAUUAUGUUUUGGGCUUAUGCAUUGGCUUCAAUAUCGCUAACUCUGUGGACAACAUUCUUCAUGUGGCUUGUAGCUUGACUUCAUUUUUUAAUCAGACGUAAAAGCUGA